AAGUGUGCGUAUUCGCUCUUCGUCGUUGACGUCGUCGUCAUCGUCGUAUCGUUCUGUAUACAAACAAAGUGAGUGUGGUGAGAAGAGAGCCAGAGCACAGCGCUCCGCAAGUAACAGUAAGUGGAUGUGUAUAUUUAGAAGCUGUGCGACACAGUGAACGGAAACUUAAUCGACAGACGUGAAACAAAAAGCAAAGAGAGACGAAGAAAGAAGAGACACACUCAAAACGAAGGCAACAAAGGCACAGCACUGAGAAACAGCAAUUUUAUUACUUUCUACAUACACGAAUCAUACAUUGAGUAGGUUUUAUAACACACAAAAAUGAUGUCUCCGAAAAUUGCCAGAUGAUCGUAGCAACAUUGUGAAACGGAAAUUUUUGUUAAAUAUAUGAAUUAUUUGUCAAUUGAUGAAAUGAAAAUGAUGUUCAAUGUAAAAAUGACGGAAAUAAUAUGUGCAUAACGCGAAAUUGAAAGACAGACACAACACCACCAGAACAAAACAAAAACCGCGCACUUUUCAACGGUGUCUGGGUAUGCGUGUUUUUAUAUUUAUAUAUCAAUAUAUAAAUAUUAAAUUUUUACUAAAUGAACUUGAGAUCAAAAUCAUUAUUGAAUAACUAAAAAGCAUAUAGUGUUUCAUUAAAAGAAAAGAAGUAACAAGAAAAAAGAGCCAAAAUAAAUAGAACGACGGCCAAGCUAUUUAAAUCUGAAAAUUCCAAUUGAGUUGUUUAGCAAUAAACAAAAAAAAAAUAAACUAAAAAAAGUCAACAAAUGACUAACAAAAGACAGAGUAGCCAAAAGUGAAAUCCCGAUACAUAUUGUAUUUAAAAUACGGAGAGAAGGAAAAGAGAAUACGAAACGAAUUAUUAUCGGGAUCAUAUGCGAUUUCUAUCUUCCUGUCUCUCCAAAUUAUGCGUUUUUUUAAGUUGUAAAUUUGCCGUAUAACUUAAUUCAAUAUUUAUUGAAAAUUCAACGAAUUGCACAGUACACCCGCGGCAGGUUUGGUGUGCGAGUGACAACACAAACGUGACAACAAAGAAAAAGGAGUAAAAAUAACAUUGUCGUCGUUAUCAUCGUCGACAUUUAGAUAAUAAACAAGAAAAAAACACAGAGUUUACAGAAAAGACAUAAACAUGAAUGCACAUAGUAAACAUUCGGCACAAGCCUCCAUAAGCUUGUAUUCGAUGCGAGGCAAAUCGUGGUCGUACUAUCAAAAGCAUGUAGCCAAUUUGAUAGAUUUCGACAUAGACAGCACACAUCAACCAUCUAGAUCAACAGCUGAUGUACAACGAUUAGAUUUAACGGAUUGCAAUUUGUACGGUGUGUCACCGAGCGAUCCGGGUCCAAUGGUGUUGUGCAAUCAAUGUAAUCACAUAAUGGCUCCAGAGGGUAUUAUGCGGCAUGUUAAACGAAUCCACGGUUCGAAAAUUGUGCCAGCGCCAAGUAGUAAAUUACGAAUCCCAUCAAAGGGCAGUUCAACGAUCGGUAUCAUAUUGCCAACGACGGGCAGUCAAACGAUAAAUCGUCUCACAAACAACAGUUUAUCAACACCACAAGCCACCGAUUCAGCAUUAUCCACAGAAUUUUCAAAUCGAUUAAAUGUAUCGAAAAUGGCACCACCAACGCCAAUCAAUUCAUCAACGGAGAUCACCAAUGCUGCUAAUAAUAGUUCAUCAUCAAAUAGUAAUUCACCAAUUAGUUUAUCAAAAUUAUCCACAACCACAUCAACGACGUCAGGGAGUGGUAGCGGUAAUAAGCGAAAUCGUAAGGUACUGCCAGUUAAAGAUCGUGAAUAUGAUCCGGAGAAACAUUGUGGCGUUCGAAUAGGUAAUAUGAAACCGUGCACAAGAUCGUUAACAUGUAAAACACAUCAAAUUUCAUUGCGUCGAAAUGUCGACGGUCGAUCAAAACCAUUUGAUCAACUAUUGGCCGAUCAUAAAAACAAUGCCAAAGAAACACAUAAACUACUAACUAGUAAACAGACAACAUACGCAGCAGGAGAUAAUGGAAAUCAAUUGUUGGAAUCGAUUGGCGACAGUAAUUCGUCGUCCAGUUUUGAUAUGGAACGACGAAGCUUCUCAAGUAAUAGCAAUCAAUCAACGUUGGGAAACUACAAUAGUGAUCAUAGUACGGCGUUUUCCACAUCAUCACAACAUUUGAAUGGAACACAUUCACUGCCGUCGGUACUAUCGUCAGUAUCGGCGUCGACGGCAUCGCCAAGUGGUAGUACGACGACGGCGCAAAAUGCAACAGCAUCAACGGUAUCUGCGUCGACCACACCAAACUUCACAUACUCAGAUGUAAUUACACAACAUCGAAAACUUAGCAACGCAAUUUCAUUUACACCAAGCCCCGAUGACCGUUCAAAUAAUGGAUCGCAAAUUGGUGACCUAUAUACUUCAAGUACAUUGUCGGCAAUGCAGUCAGCUACAUCAAAUGCAUCGAACAGUCAUUUGACCUCAACUGUGGGCGGAUUGACUUCAUCGGCAUCAUUGGCGGCCAGUCUCGGUGAUUAUACAAUGCAAAUGAACGAAUUAAUAAACGAUGAUAAUGGAGAUGGACUUGAUAUGACAUUUUGGGAAAAUUUUGACAAUUUCAAUUAUGAGGCUGAUUUACUGAAUAAUAGCAAUAGUAGCCAAUCGUAUUCGCAAACACAAAAUAAAUCGAGCACAAAACGGUCACACGAUGGAUCCAAUGCAGAACGUAAACGAAAACGAACCAACGACAGUAAAACGAAUUCAAAUCAUUCGAAAAGCGCAAAGGAUACAACAGCAACAACAAAAGGCACGUCGGCUGCAUCACCAUUACCAAACGACGUUAGUCAAACUCUAUUGAAACCGAAUUCAAGUCAAAAUAAGAAAGCAACAAACAGUUUCGGAUCAAAUAUUCUCAUCGGUGCACCGCGAUCGGAUAUUAUUUGCAUUGAUGACGAUGAGGACGAUGCGACCAACAAUAAUAAUGUGUUGCGCAAUUCAGAUGCUACCACCAAUCGAAAUUCGGACAAAGAAAAUGGCACAAUAUAUCCAGUAACACCAACAAAGGAGCUUAACAACGACACUAGCGUUAAACAUCACGCAAGUCGAAGUCAUCAUCGUUCGGAUUCAGAGCGACUAAAUGGAACACAAUCACCGCCAGUAGCUGAAAAACCAUUGACAGCGAUGACACUAUCGAAUGAUCCAGUGGUAAAUUUGACAGAUUUGGUGAACGUAACAAAGAUUCUAUCGGAAGCAGACCAUCGAAAUGUAUCAACACAAAAUGCAUCGGUUCCGGUGCAACCGAAUGAUGCGAAUGAUAUAAAUGAUAAUUCAAAACAUCAGGCAAAUCAAAAUCUAAUAUCGUCUGUACCGAUUGGUGAAAAUGAGAGCUUCUUAUUGGAUAUGGUGUAUAAAUGUUUGCGUGGCAAAGGUGUUCGAAUGAUAAAUUCCAAUUAUUCAAAUAGUAACAGUAACAGCAAUAGUAACAAUAAUCGAAGUAGCUCGAACGAAUCGAGUCGCAUACGUGAAAAGGAGAAUUCCAUUGAAAAUCAUUGGAGCGAUGAUGAUAUUCCAACAGUGCCGGUGACAGCCGCAAAUAAUCCAAUAUUACCGUCUUCACCACGUUUUUCAUCGUCAAAAUGUGCAAAUGUACCAAGAGCAAUCGCAUCAAAUCACUUUAAUAUGGCCCGUGGCCGAGGUGUGGUGCACGUUAAGCAUUCAGUUGAUUCAACGAAAAAAAUCCAACAGCAAAUAUUCCAUCGCAUCCAAACGCAACAGCAUAAUGGCACAUUUACAGCAAAUAAUAUGAUUGCACUGCGUAAUAAUGGUUCAAUAAUGGUGAAUCGGGCGAAUAUAAUUGGUUGCCCAAGCUUUGGAACCAUUACGAAUGCCAUCAAUACUGGUGGUGUAAAUAAUGUGAAUAGCCCGGUGAAGACAACGGUAGCAAGUGUUGUUGCUGCACCAAAUGUCACACUAAAUAAUACAAAUAGUACGACAAUUGUUACAAAUAAUGUCAAUACAAAUACGACCACAAACACAAGCACAAGUCCAAAUACAGUGGUGGGACCAGCAGCCACAGCAACAGCCGCAAAAGUGGCAUUCAAAAAGCCCGUGCAUUUUGUUAAUUCGAUUGCAACAAGCACGAAUGGACAGAUCGUUUUACUGCCAAGCGGUGCGGCGACCAUGACUACAGCCGCUGGUAAUCAAAGAUAUGCGAUAUUACGCAGACCCAAUAUACAGAAUAUUCAAUUGAUUGCACGUCCAACCAUCGAUCCAACCAAUUCGUAUUCAGUGAUGCCGGUGAUACAUCGCGUUCGAACACGUACAUUGAAACCAAAUCUACCAAAACUACUUGAAACAGAUCGGUUGCUUGAGAGUCUCAAGAGCAUAAUUCGACCGCAAAAAAUCAAUAAUCGAAACUAUGAUACAACAAAAAAAGUUCUAUCAGUGUAUCAAUCAUUGGUGAAAGCAGCAAGUCAACCAAAUCAUCAUUUAAAUACAAGCACAUCGUCCGGCAAACGAUCAAAGUCACAUUCAUCACUUUCGAAUCAUAAAAGUGGCAGCAAUCACAAUACAUCAUCACAACCGAUGACAUCUUCAUCGUCAUCGUCACAAAAACAAAACGGUCAUCAUGGGAACAGCAAUGGCAGCAUUAUUGGCAUUACAUCGCCAUCAAAUUACAUCAGCUCAAAUAACAACACCAAUCACAUUGACAAACGUACACAUUUACGCAUUGCAUCAAAUGAUGCGAACCACAAAUAAUGAGAAAAAAACACACUCAGGUGUGUAUAUGUGCUGGAUUGUGUUAUUAGACAAAGUGAUGAACAUUGAUUGGACAUUUUAUAUAUUCGAUUUCUAAACGCUCACGAUCUUACAAGCAAGGAAAGUGAAUAUUAUAUGAAUAAUAUAUUAAGGAAAGUCAAAUGAGCGCCAAAUAUAUAGAAAUCAAUGGAUUUACAUUAUGAACCCGUCGCCCUUGGAAUCAAAGACGUUAACAAUUCUUCGAUGCACUGUGAUUAACACCAUCCGAGGGACGGACCAUGGGAAUUUUACAGCAAACUGUUAAAACAUUUAUCUAAAUAUACAUUUUUUUUUGUUGGCAUUUAAUAUUGUACAUACAAUUCACAUAAAUGCCAAUCCACACAUAUGGGAAAGACGAUAUAAUAUAAACUUAUUCGAUAUGAAACGGAAUUUCCGUCGCGGAUACUAAUGGAAUAUUAUUGUUUUUUUUUUUUGAAAUAUUUUUGUCAAACAACUUUUUUAUGGGAUUUUGAAAAAAAAAAACGAGAAACGAAGAGUGCGAAAUAAAAAUCAAUAAUUAUAAUAUUAUGAAAUGAAUUACUUGAGAUUGUAAUGUGCAAAUCAUGUAUAGCCAGAAUCUAUUUUACAAAUCAAACAAAAUAUUUAAAUUGUUUUUCAUUUAAUAGUGUGAUGCAAAAUGCAUUGAAAUGCUAAACAAAAAUGAAGAAAGGAUUGAUUUAUCAAUUGUACAUAGAGAGAAAACGGAAACAAAUUAAAACAAACAACCAUUUUUAUCGAAAGAAUGAAAAAAUUUAAAA